CCGCACGAUCCAGUUACUGUAGCUGCCUGCUGCAAUGAAAAUAUCGUCGUUGGUGGGUGGAUUUAUUUGGGCCCAUUUCCAUCAUUUUUUUUUUCUUGUACCCCCAAACACUGACUGAGUGAAGACGAGCCACUAGGUCAAGCAUGUGGCAGAUAAUAUGGAUAACAGCAGACACCUCAGAAGCCAGCGGUUGGCCGCCACAUGCCUCUCUGUAGCCGCGGCCCCUGUGCCUGAUCUCCAUGCAUCUCCAACAGCGUACCUUUAUACUUCAUGAAGAUCUCUGACAUCGGUGAUGUAAUGAAUAAAUUUGAAGUCCUUGGGAUUGUGGGUGAAGGUGCCUAUGGUGUUGUUCUGAAGUGCCGACACAAGGAGACCAAUGAAAUUGUGGCCAUUAAGAAAUUCAAGGACAGCGAAGAAAAUGAGGAGGUUAAAGAAACCACGCUGCGGGAGCUUAAAAUGCUUCGCACGCUCAAGCAGGAGAACAUUGUGGAGCUGAAAGAGGCCUUUCGCAGAAGGGGAAAGCUGUAUCUUGUGUUUGAAUAUGUUGAGAAGAAUAUGCUUGAGCUGCUGGAGGAGUUACCCACAGGUGUGCCAACGGACAAAGCUCGCAGCUACAUCUACCAGUUAAUCAAAGCUAUCCACUGGUGCCAUAAACAUGACAUUGUUCAUCGAGACAUAAAGCCAGAAAAUCUUCUCAUCAGUUCUGAUGACAUCCUGAAACUAUGUGACUUUGGUUUUGCUCGUAACCUCUCCGAGGGAACGGAUGCCAACUACACUGAGUAUGUGGCCACAAGAUGGUACCGCUCUCCAGAGCUCCUCCUUGGGGCUCCUUAUGGAAAAGCAGUGGACAUGUGGUCGGUGGGCUGCAUCUUGGGAGAGCUGAGCGACGGGCAGCCUCUUUUUCCAGGAGAGAGUGAGAUUGACCAGCUCUUCACCAUCCAGAAAGUGUUGGGACCCUUGCCACCAGAGCAGAUGAAGCUCUUCUAUAACAAUCCUCGCUUCCACGGGCUACGGUUUCCUACCGUGAGCCACCCCCAAACCCUGGAGCGAAGAUACCUGGGAAUCAUCGGUGGAGGCCUGCUCGACCUUCUGAAGAACCUGCUGCUGCUGAACCCCACGGAGCGCUUUCUCACAGAGCAGUGCAUAAACCACCACACCUUCCAGACCCUGCGGCUGGUGGAGCGGCCCGGCCCACCCACGCCCACACCUGUACGCUCCUCCAAGAGGAAGCCUCACCACGGAGAAAACAACACCCCCAGCAGGAGCCAUGGGGGGAAGAGCUCAGGAAGCCACCGUUCCAGCAGCAGAGAGUGCUCCAGCUUACCCCGACACGAAGACGUCCACCCCAGCAACGACGGCUUUCUUAACGGCAACAUGUCUGCAGCUAUCAACCUCAGCCCCACCCUGCAUCCCAAAAACUACCAGCCGCAGAUCUUCAACCACUCCACCGCCUGCAGCAUGGACCUGGCCAGCAGCAACCUGCCACACAUGCACAGUCCCGGCGAGGGCAAGGGCAAGGGUGACUUUGAGAUGAACUUGGGGUCCAAGGUGUCAGACGGUCCCGGAGCCAAGUACCUCAAAUCCAACUUCCGCUCGCAGCAGAACCGCCACUCUUUUGUGGAGGGGAAGACCAGCACGCUUCAGUCGGGGGAGAAACACAGCCGACACAGCUACAUGGAGUCCCACGGCUCCACGCCCUCCUCCUCCAAGUUUGCCUACCUGAACUUAUCAAAGAGCUAUGGAACGCUAAGUGACGCUAAGUCAGUGGGGAACUUAAACGACGUUCAUCUGUAUGCAGAUGAGCCCACAGCUCGCUAUUUUCCAUCCAGCUGCCUUGAUCUCACGGCUCCGAGCAGCCCAGCAUCCCGCAGAGUGGAAAGACUGGGGCCAGGCGCGGCUCGAGGAAGCAUGCGCUCAGAAAGAGAGAGCAACACCCUGGACUCCUCCUACAGGCGCUCCUCCACCCGCCAUAAGGCCUCCGAGGAGGCCAAGUCACCAGACGCCCUGAAACCAGGGGACGGUAGCACUGAAAGGGGCCAUGCUCACUCCCUGUCCGCCCCGCAUGACCCUGUGUCUUACAGUCAGGGAUACACCAGCCCUUUCUCCUCCCAGCAACGACCACACCGCCACUCCAUGUACGUGCGGAGAGAUCACCAGAGGACACACGGAGGGGAGGAAGGGCUGUCAGUGGGGCAGGGGAUGCCCACCAGAGCCAGCAGCCUCCAGCUCCUGUCUCCACAGCUGCAGCACCGCACGCUGCCCCGCCACUCUGGGAGCUCCUCCAGAGAAGAAGACCUGAGCAGGAGCGAACAGGCACCCACUGAGGUCCCCCACAGCAGACCCCCAAUAAGGGACUCCACCAGGGACAACACCGCAUCUUUUCACACACAGCGGCAAAAAAGCGAGGUUGGCUUAUAUCAUGACCAGCAAGCAGAAGAUGGGGGCUCUUCCAAAGAGAACCGCAACAUCUACAGCGAAUCCAUGCCCAGGCGGGUGGGCAGCUUCUACAGAGUCCCUUCUCCCCGGCCGGACAACUCCUUCCACGACGGCAGGGGUCAGAGCCGGGGCUCAGGUUUGUCUGGAGACAACAGCAGCUUGACUGGCCACUCCAAACGUCAGCCUGCGUUUGACCCCUGGACUGGCCCAGAUACCGUAGUCUUGAAUUCCUCUGAGCCGUCAAAAGAAAAGGAGAAGCAGGGUUUCUUCAGAGCAAUGAAAAAGAAAAAGAAGAAAUCUCAAAUGAUGGAAGUCCCUGAUGCAAGGCCACCUGCCAUCAAGAAAUGUCUUUUCCCUCUAUUUAGUCCAAAGAAUAACAUAACGCAUAGGUCCUCAGUGAGAGUCCUCCCUGUAGUGUCCUCUGCCAUGGCUCCCAGUGAAGGAAUGGAUGCAGCCGUCCAGAAGUCCUCCAGGUCCUCAGGUCAUCAAAGCAGCCGCCACAGGACUCGUGACAAGAGCAGAGACCGGAACCAAGAGAGAGACCGCAACAGGGACAAGGACUGGCCCCCUGAGAAACUGUCCGAUUCACAUUCUCCAAGUCAACCACUGAAGUCACUGCGCAAGCUCCUGCACCUUUCAUCCUCAUCCUCCAACCAGACGGCCUCCACCGAUAUGCGCUACCAACCGCUGCCUAAUUCGGCCUCCGCUCAAGGUGGUUUCACUGAAAGCCGGGGUCACUCAGGGGUCAGCACGCCCCAGCUUAAGAGCCGACAGACAGCCUACCCGCUGCCGGGACAGUUGGAGCCUGGUUGGCACUCGUCUGCUCUGGGCCGCCCUGAGGGCAACCCCUACCCGGAGCAAAUGAGCAUCAAGGGAGGCCAGAAUGGGCACGGCUUUGGACGCCCAUCCAGAUCUCGCAUGCCAAACCUCAACGACCUGAAAGAGACAGCUCUGUAAUCUCCGUCCCCCUGCAGCUCUCACAUCCACCUCAGCAUCCGGCUUCCCUUCUGUUGCUCCUCCACCUCCCUCACAAAUCGGUGCAUCGACUGAACACACAAACACAAAUACCAAACCUUCUGUUUGCUUGCAAAGAGGCCAAAAGCCUUUUUAUGUCUUAAUUUUUUUAAAGCUUCCAUGUUUGAUAGACUUUAUAUUAUUACUUAUGUAAUUCUGAUUUUAGUUUGUAUUAUAAAGUAAAUAUAUUACAGAUUCAAAAUAUGUAUACAUAUGGAUAGAUAACGUGUAGAUUUUAAGUGUAAGUAUUUUUGUUUUUAUUAAAUGUAUAAAUAUAGUACAUUUUACUGUGUAGACUAUUCUAAAGCAUUCUAAACAAUUAAAGUUUAAUCAGUUGUUACUAUAGAUGGUAAUGUCAGUAACUUGUGUCCAUCUCACCCAAGAUUGUGACUCGUUCUACGCUGUCAUACCAGUAACAGAUGCUCAAAUGUGCAACCAAAAGUCACUUGUUUUCUUUUUUGCUAUGCUGACAAUCUGACAAUCUAAAGGCUUAAAUUUAAUUGCUCUUUUGUAGGAUAUUGACAUUAUUACGUCUUUAUGAAAUGCAGCCAUUUUAGAAACUCUGGUGCCAUAAGUAACAGAUAUUCUGAGCUACAUCGUCCUCUGCAGGACGUAAUUAAGCACUGCAUCUACUCUGAGACAGUCACGCUCUAACUGUUAGGCACUCUCAUCUUAAACUCUGUGUAAAUCUUUUUUUUUAUUAUAUAAACCAGUGUUAUGCAAUUAAAACUAUGAUUACACUUUAGUUUAAAAGUUAUUAUAAUUCAUCUAAUGAAAAUUAUUUAUUGAAAUUUGUAUCUGCAUAAGUGUUAUAACACACUGUAUGAAUAAGAUUUCCUAAUACUUCGAUCCAGUUAAUGGCAAGCAGCAUCCAAAGCUGAUGCUGAAGGAUGUGGCCGUUUCUCUGACGACUAUGCUCCCUAACAAGUCUUAGCUUUUGCUCUGUUUCAUAUGAGCAUCUUUCCAAGUGGUUCUACUAUAAUCGGCUACAAAAAUGCAGAAAUACCCACAAAAUUACUGCUGUAAAAAUCUCAUUAAAAUUUUUUUUUUUUUUUCUUCGUUGUUGUUUGGAAAUAUUUUUUACUGCAGCUAGAGGAACAAAAAAGCCAUUCUGGGUGUACUGGUGUAAUAACUCCCAUCCAUCCACCCAUUCAUCCAUCAGGGCUGUUAAAAUUACUUCUUUUUUUCUUUUUUAAAUCUGACACAGUCCCAAAACACUCUGAGUGGAGUGCAAGCCCUCCUCAAUCACCACCCAUAACCGUGUUCAUCUGAAUACUUGUUGUUGCUUCUAAUUGUAUGCAAGUAUAAUGUUAACUUCACCAAUUUAUUUCAGUUACUUCAUUAUUAAUUUAUUAACUCUGAACUAACAUUAGUUAGGUUUUAGCUAUCACUAUUAGCUAAAACUAUCAACUAUUAUCUUUUAGUUAUUGCAAAUGUUCAUUCCCUGCUUUUCACUGUGUUUUUAUUCAACUCUCUGUUUUUUCAUUUCAAUAAUGUAUUUAUUACUUUUGGCCUUUAAAAACUUUUCUUGUGUGCUUAUUUCAGCUUUUUUAAUUUGCGUGCUUAUUUUCAGCUUUUUAAAUUUCUGAUGAGAUCUUAGGAAACUAUUUGGGUUCUUCAUCAGUUUCAUUUUGUUUUGUUUGUUGUUGGAUUUUUUUUUGUCAUCAGCCUGCUAUUUACAUAUUUGCUACCUCAGUUUUUUAAUUCCUGUAGCUUAUUUUCCCAUUUUCGUUUAACGUGAAAUUUCCUCAUCUAUCUCCAUUCUGUGUCCCUGUUCUCUCUCUUUCAGUUGCGAAACAUUUUUCAGUUUAAUUCUCCUGACUUUAAUUGGAUGUUUGUUUGUUUUUUUUUUUCUUUCCUAUUUUUUAAGUUCAGCUUCAGUGCAGCAGAUUCCUUUAAUGGGUUGGGUGAUAUACCUGGUUGGGAACUGCUGCACUGCUGUGUUUUAACCAUAGUUAACCACUUGAGAACAUUUUUUUCCCUUUAUUUCAGUCACACAACAUCUGUUGAAAAAAAAAAUUGCCAGGAGAGUAGCUUGGCAGAAAAAAUAAUAAUAGUAACCCUAUUAACGUUGCACUUUGAAGAGACUUGGUGGCUCAGCAAUAUAUUGCCCUGACUGUAAAUUCUUCCUCCCUUCAUGUUUGUCGUGUGUGUAACAUGUGAAGACCGAGACAGGAACACACCGAGGCCAGACGUGACCGUGCCGUGUUGUUCAUUGUGCAUCUGUAAGAACUGUGCACUCUCUGUACUCGCCACAGUACGUUUCUCUCUCUCGAUUAUUCUUUUGCUGAAGGAGCACCAUGUAUUAUAUUAAUACUGACGUGUGACUAAAUGUUUGGUAAUAUUUAUAAAAAAAAAAAAAAAGUUUAUCACCUGUUUAAAUGAAAUCAAGUAUUAAGUUUGUACUUUUGUUGGAGACACAAAUUGGUAGCAAAGUCCGUGUUAAUGAACUUUUCUUUUCCUCCCAUUGGAGCAUUUCCAUGAGAAUAUGAAACCCAUAAAUCAAUGAAUGCUUAACGGUUUUAGAAUAUUCAUGUUUACAGAUGUAACGGUAAAUCUACAAUAAAACAAAUUAUUUGAUUUGACUGAACUGUUAAAUCUUUUAUUUCUCUGAAGCAGUGUUCGUCUCAGAUUCAGAAAGUUUAUGAAUAAGUCAUCAUAUUCUUUUUUUGUUAGUUUUACUCUCUUUGAUGUGAAGGUGACGAGGCUUCAGGUGGUGUUUGGAGCUGGGAUCUCCAACAAACAAAAUGUAUUAAUACAAUAUAUAUUUUUUUUCUUUACUUCAA